CUGGAUCCUGACGGGCUGUAACGGUCUCUCAGGUACACGCUGACGGAGGGCGACUUCCAUCACCUGAAGAAAGCCCGUCUGACGCACAUGCAGCCGCCGGCGCUGAAGAUCCUCACCAUCAUGGAGUGUGAUUCACCGGAGAACAGCGUGACGCUCAGCGAACAGCCCUCACAACACCCAUCCCUCUCCAUAUUCCAGCCCGUGGAGGGUCCUGCGCCGGAGGCUGCAGGAUUGUGGAGCGCUCAAAGCCCCAGCAGUGCUCUGCCUGGAAACACACUGAACACCAGCCCCGAACACACCGCCAAACCAACCCGAUCACACACCAUUGAGGUGAUGAACAGAAGCCUGCUGAUUGACAGAGAUUCCACUUCCUGUCCGACUCAGGGCACCAUGUUCCACUUCCUGUCUAAGCUCAGACGCCACGCCAGUCUGGAGGGAGCAGGUCCGUUCUUCAGCGUCAAGAAAUGGAGACAGGACACCAUCCAGAGAGCGGCGAGUCUCGACACGAGAGGUUCUCCGCGGAGACGUGCGUUUCAGAGGCAGCGGGCGGCCAGCGAGACUCUGGAUCAGGGAGAAGAAACCUUGCACGGUGGAGUCAGUGACUUCUUGUUGCGAAAACCCACCGCACAGCCACAGAAGGAGCCGCCAAGAUGCCUCUCGGCCGGUUCUUUGGAUGCCACCGCAGGAGCUCCUCCUGCCCUCAGCAGGUUAGAGGUAGAAGCCGUAAUGGAGCUCAGAGUCAACACAUAUGCAGUGAAAGACACGACUCCAACAUUGCCCUCAUCCCAAGGACCUCUGCAAGUUGAGGAUGGUGAAGAGGAUGGACAGGGGAUGAUGGCAGGAGCAUCAGGAGGCGACACUGAAGAGUUUGGACCAGUGAGUCGUCAGGAGAGCCUAGAGCAGCCCAGCCUGUACCGUGACAUCUGGAGCCUGAGAGCGUCGCUGGAGCAGUACGCAUCCUCCGACCUGAGCAGCAACGACAGGGACUCCACUCGCAGCGAUGCCGACAGCGUUUGCUCAGCGGGAGCAUCGAGAGUGGGCGUUCCCAGCUACCAGUCGCAAGACAUCGAUGAUGAUCUAGACGGGGACAGUGAGCUUCCAUAUGAUGACGUGGUCAGGGAAGCCGGGCAGAGGAGAAAUGGACUGGACAGCGUAGACUCUGAGAGAGGCAGCGACGGAGAGACAAACAACCGGAAGCUUCUGCAAAUGGACAGUGGAUACGCCUCAAUCGAGGCUCCUUGCAAGGCUCCGGAGGAAUUCAGAUUGUUCGGGAGUAGCUCUGGAAAGACCGCAUCAGAACGUCGCUGCUUUUUCACCAAUUCUGGACGCAAAGGCACAGUUUGUGAGAGUUUUGAGGCACGGUUGUUCAAGGAGGAGCUGGAAGACGAGGCAUCGGAGAGCAGCGUAAGUUUGGAGGCAGACACUCCUGCUUCGGUUUCCCACCAAGAACCCGUGACCAAACCCAGGCCACACUUCCGCCGCAGAGACUACAGCAUCGAUGAGAAGACGGAGGCACUGUUUAAUGAAUUCCUACGCCAUGACCCCCAGUUUGACCAACAGGGCUCGCCCUCCUUGCGUCACCGGCACCGCUCCCGAAUCCAUCUAAGGAAGCAGUGGCAGCGCAGCAAGCAGUACAGCGACCCCGGUGCCGCUCGAUACUCACCAUCUCUAGAGCGACAGCGCUGCUACCCGCUACGCCGAGGCGACAGCGCCAACUACCCCUUAGACACACGCUACCACAGUACCUUGCCUCGCAUCGCUAGCGCCGCGGACGAGGAGGCCAGCGAGGGAGCAGCGAGUACGGAAUCGCCCGAGCCAGAAAAAUCUGGUCCAGAGCUGGAGGGUGCUGGUCCGCCCUCAGAAACAGGCAGUUCUGGUCCAGACCUGGAGGAAAACGCAAACAACAGCAGCAACAACACAAGCCGACAUUUCUUUUCAUCCCAAAUGCAGGACAGCAGUGCCAGGCAUUCUGGGAGACUGAAGGUCUUGGGAACAAAUGCUCAUCUCGCAGAUUCACAAAAACAUUCACAGAUGGACCGUGGUGGACCAAUGACUACAUUUAGUUCUCAUUUGCAUUCACAUACACACACAGUCAUGCCGGAUCCCACUGUUCCGGAUCAGGAUUCGGACUACACGCAUCACACUCUCACUGACAUCAGUCCGUCAGACAAACUGGCGUCCACACUGGACGAUCGGCUCUACUCUAACCUGAGGACUCAAAGAGGGAGUCAAGAGUGUGUCGUGACCGUAAGCCACACCUCACCAGAUCUAGAAGAAUAAAGGGCCGUUCGCACUAAGAACAAUAACUAUGACCAUGAAGUUGCAUUAAUCGCUCUGACUCUAAGAGAAUUGCGAAGUCCACACCACAGCUAUAACGAUAAUGAUACAGAUGAACGAUAUAGUUGGAAUCACGUUCAUAACGCAAUCUGACUUUAACUUGAGCAUUU